UGAUGUCAGGACACUGGAAGUGCUUGUUCUUGCCAAGUGCUGCAUGGCUCCCGGGGAGAGCAGGGCGCAGGAUGGCUGCGGCUGUAAAGGAAUCCGGUCGUGUUUGCUGUGUGAGGAUGGAGUUGGAGGAGCAGCAGCAGCUCUCCAGAGUGUAACAAGUCGGAGAAGGUCAUUUAUCUACAGUCUAGCUGAAGGCAUUGCUCUUGGAAUAGAAAACACAGAAUCAUCUGGUUGGGGCUUUCCAUUCCCUGGAGUGUGUUUGAUUCAAGAUUUUGUGACAGAAGAUGAAGAGCGAGAACUUGUUCAAUUUAUGGAUCAAGAAGCGUGGAAACUUUCACAGUCUGGUAGACGAAAACAGGAUUUUGGUCCAAAGGUGAACUUCAAGAAACAGAGGCUAAAAGUUGGUAAUUUCACAGGCCUUCCUAGUUAUAGCCAAGCCCUUUGCCGUAGGAUGAAGCAGUAUGCUGCUCUUGAAGGAUUUCUGCCUGUUGAGCAAUGUAAUUUAGAUUACAACCAAGACAGAGGAUCAGCCAUUGACCCACACUUUGAUGAUUCUUGGCUAUGGGGUGAACGAUUAGUUAGUUUGAAUCUUCUGUCAAGUACUGUGCUCACCAUGACAAGCGACUCUAUAGACGGAAUCCAACUGUUGCCUAUUGUAGAUAGUAGUUCAGAGUUAAACAAUAUUACAGACUUCAAAUCUAAUCAUCGCAGUGGAAUAGACAUUACACAGUCUUCCUUUCAAGAGAAUGCAGUGGAUGGUAAACCCCAGGCUAAGGUAAUUCCAUAUAGUGAUUUAGACGUCGCUAUACAUUUACCACGAAGAUCCUUAGUUGUUGUAUACGGAGAUGCUCGAUACAAAUGGAAGCAUGCUAUUUACCGUGAAAACAUCAAGCAACGCCGAGUUUGUAGCACCUUCAGAGAAUUGUCUGCAGAAUUUAGUUCAGGAGGCAAGGAAGAGAAACUUGGACAAAUGUUACUAGAAAUAGCACUUGGCUUCCAGGGAACAUCAGUUUAAUGUUAGCAUGAAAAUACAUGUCUCUAGUUCUCUCCUUUCUCAGUUGUAAAAUGCGCCCAGAAGGAAAUAUGAUAAGAUAGCAAUUUAUAACAUAGCUGCUAAAACAAGUAAAAUGAAGAAAAUAGAAUGUAUGAAUGUUACUAAAGAACUGAGAAUCUUUGCAGGAUAUAACAAAUAAUCAUAUAACAUAGUAGUGUAAAUAAGAUACCCCUGAGCCAAUAAUCCCCUCUAAGAUUUCACACGCAGGAUAAAGCGCAUUUAAAUGCUCAUAUUAAAUGUGUGUCUCCUUUCAUUAGUAUUUCAGCUUCACAGCCCGAGGACACAGCAAUAAGUCCACGGGGCAAAAUAAUAAACAGUGGGACACUUUACGUAACUACAUUUGUUGGCAAUUGUAAAAAUCGCUGUGCUGGAAAUGUGAUUUUAUCUUGUGAAUGCAUUUUAACGUAGCAUAACAAAAUUAAAUGUGCUAUAAAAACUACACUAUGGAUAUUCUAUGCUCUUCUUUUCCAGUUUAUUAAUGUACAUAUGAAGAAGCCUGGUUCCUGGCAAUGGAUAUGUAUUUGCUUAUAAUGAGCAUUUAAAUGCUUGCUAUCCAAUAGAGGGAGCUAUUGGCAUAGGAGUAUUUUAUUUACAGAGAGCACUAUGGUGUGCUAUACUAUUGUAUGUGUUUAAUGGUUAUUUGUUAUAGGACAUUUACUGCUGGUGAUGUAUUUAAUUCUUCAAUAAUAUGAAUUAUUUUUAUCCAUUUGUUUGGUAUUUUAAUUAUUAGCGUGAUUAUACAGGAGAGCACAUAGGUGAAAAGAGUUGUGUGUGUUUUUGUUGUAUUAUUACGGCAUAACAUUUUGUCAAUACUUUUUAAUAGUGUGUGUUACUUUUACUGUAUAAUUCUAUAGGCUGAGUGCUCCAUAAUACCCAGCAUUAAGGGAGUGUGCAGAUACACACAGCAUAGAAGCAUCCUACAUCCAAACUUCAGUUCAUGUAUUGUUUUAUGUUGUAUGUUUAUUGGUGAUUGCCGCUAACAGAGGACACUUUAGCCACUGUAACCAUUAUAGCUCAUUGUCUUUGGGUGCAGUAACCAUAUUACAUCAAACUGAGCCGUGGUACAAGCCUGAAACUUCUGUUAUUACUGAGAUAAUGUAGAAAUUUCCCUUUAGUAUUACUUGUUCAAAGUUGUACAAGCUUGUCUUUGGAUGAAUAACACAGAAAGGAAACUUCUGCAUUAUCACAGGGGCAGCCAAGAAAAAGUGAUGAUGGCAAUUAAAGACUGCAUGCGUUAUAACCACUAUAAAAAUCUGUAGUGUUUAUGAUGCUUAGUGUCCCUUUAAGUACAAUGACACAGGGAUGUAUUCUGGAGACAGUUAUAUGCUGUGAAUUAAAAAAUAAAUUGGAAACCAAACUGCAAAAACUAGUAUAAAAUAUC